AUGGGCUUGACUAGUUAUACCUUCUUUGGCGAAGAACAGUCAUUAAAGCUCGCCAACCUUAUUGGCACGUUAAAACAAGAACCUGAAAACGGUUCAUUCUACACAUCAUCAAAGGAGCUGCUAGAAAAAGAAAAGUUUACCGAAGUCUUGACUCAAUAUGCUAAAGAGUCUUCUGUGCUAGUCAAUGUAGAUCCAAAAGACUUUGAAUCCGUGUAUAAUUUGUUGGUCGCGCUAAUCAAGGAUGCUACUGCCUCUGUCAUUCCACAGCUGAUAAAGUACAUUGUGGAUCCUAUUGUGGCGACUGCUACUGAAAAGACGUUGCUUAAACUACGAGUGCUGAGCAACCUGUACAACAAUCUGGAACGCACCAGUCCAUCAAGGUGUGAUGUCUACCAAGGCAUUGUCGCUGUAGCAGCCAAAGGUGGCGAAGUCGAUGUGUUGAUUCCAACACUCCCAUUGUUGGAUGCCUGGUUGGCUGAAUGGAGUGUCAGUGCUGAUGUCAAGAGACAGCUCUUCUUGACAAUCAGUGAUGUGUUAGGUGCUCAUAAACAAUACAAACAACAAUCAUACGAACACCUGCUAAAGUACCUAUCAUCAUUCCCUGCCACGCCCGAGUCAUCACCAAUCACAAAACCAUAUGCAUUACGAGCCGUCACUGAAGCCAUCAGGAUACCGCAAGUCUUGGACUUUGAAGACUUGGUUGCUUUAUAUGCUGUUCAAGCCUUAAAGAAGGAUGAUGCACCGUUAUAUGACCUGUUGAAUAUCUUUUUGAAUGAGUCGCUGGCUCAGUAUGAAGCGUUUUGUAAAUCUCAUGCUGGAUUUAUGGAUUCUCAUGGACUGGACCAUGAACAGAAUCUGAGAAAGAUGAAGCUGUUAUCGUUGGCUACUUUGGCAACUAGCAAUGUACAUGGAGAAGUUGCGUACGAUAUAAUUGCCAAGAAUCUCAACAUUGAUGAAGAUGACGUGGAAAUGUGGAUCAUUGAUGCCAUACGAGCAGGAAUGAUUGAUGCCAAGAUGAAUCAAUUGAAGCGAGUAGCAGUGAUUACACGAUCAACACACCGAGUAUUUGGAGAUGCAGAAUGGCGUCAGUUGCGAGACAAGCUUAAAGCAUGGAGGAGUAAUUUGAGUGAAGUGCUGACUGUACUUGGAAGCACUCGACGUGAUGUUGGAGAGGGGUUUGUGCAGGCCGCUGAUGAUGCAGUGGCAGCGGUAAACAACUAG